GCUUCCUUGGCUCUCAGCGAGAAGAAGCAAAAGAGAAAGCGAAACAGAGCUGAACUGAGUGGAGAGUGAGCUUACCAAUGGAGCUUCCUCGGGGCGCCCUGCUGCUGGUGCUGCUCGCCGUCGCCGUCUCCGCCUCCUCCACCGCUGCCACACUCGCCGUCAAGGCUCCGGUUCCAGCUCCUGCCCCUGCCCAUGCACCUCCUCAACCCAAAGACCCUGAAGGCCUCCUCAUCAAUGGCAACUUCGAGACGGCGCCGAGGAAGGUGAACAAGACCAUCAUCGUCGGCCGCCACUCGCUGCCGGGGUGGACGCUGAGCGGCCACGUCGAGUACGUCUCCGGCGGGCCGCAGCCGGGCGGCAUGUUCUUCGCGGUGCCGCACGGCGUGCACGCGCUCCGCCUGGGGAGCCACGCGUCGGCGUCGCAGAACGUGUCCGUGCGCCCCGGCGCGCUCUACGCCUUCACCUUCGCCGCCACGCGCACCUGCGCCCAGGACGAGGCGCUGCGCGUCGCCGUCGUGCCGUCGCUCUCCGCGCCGGCCGACGUCGCCGUCCGCACGCUCUACAGCGCCGACACCGCCGACACCUGGGCGUGGGGCUUCCGCGCCUCCUCCGCCGUCGCGCAGGUCACCUUCUCCAACCCCGGCGUCCAGGAGGACGCCUCGUGCGGACCCCUGCUCGACGCCGUCGCCAUCAAGGAGCUCCCGACGCCAUACCCAACCAAAGACAACCUGAUCAAGAACGACGGCUUCGAGAUCGGGCCGCAGGUGUUCAAGAACUCGACGGUGGGCGUCCUCCUCCCGCCGAAGCAGAAGGACACGACGUCGCCGCUCCCGGGCUGGAUCAUCGAGUCGCUCAAGGCGGUCCGCUUCAUCGACGCGGCCCACUUCUCCGUCCCGGCGGGGCAGUACGCCGUGGAGCUGGUGGCCGGCCGGGAGAGCGCCAUCGCGCAGGUGAUACGCACGGUGGCGAACCGCGCGUACAACCUGUCGUUCGUCGUCGGCGACGCCAAGAACGGCUGCCACGGGUCGAUGCUGGUGGAGGCGUUCGCCGGGAACGUGACGCAGAAGGUGCCGUUCGAGUCCACCGGCAAGGGCGGGUUCAAGCCGGCGAGCUUCAGGUUCGUCGCCGUCGGCGUCCGCACCAGGGUCACCUUCUACAGCUCCUACUACCACACCAAGGCGACGGACGGCGUGUCGCUGUGCGGCCCGGUGCUGGACCAGGUCAAGAUCCAGCCAUUGAAGGCGUGAUCGAUAUCCUCCUCCUCGGAUUCGGAUACUGCUGGUGAGGUGUAUGAACACCAUCGUGUGUAUGAACUCUGUGCUGGUGAUUUGGGUUGGACAUUGUGGAUGCUGCUGCUGCUGCUGCUGCUGCUGCUCAUCUCGUGUGCAACUAUGCACGAGGAGCGAACUGUCGUGUGAUCUAGCUACACUUUGUGUGUGGUUUGUGACCUGGUUAUUGCUGUAAUGUCGUUAUCGAUCGUUGAUAAUGUGCUCAACCGGAUCGGCCAUUGCUGCUGGUGUCACUGGUGUUCUCCGGCGUGU